GAGCGGCCGGUCGGAGGGGUCCCCGCGCCCCGCACGCCCGCACGCCCGGCCGGCCCGGCCAGGCUCGCAGCGAGCAUGGGCGCGGCGGCCGUGCGCUGGCACUUGUGCCUGCUGCUCGCCCUGGGCACGCGCGGGCGGCUGGCGGGGGGCAGCGGGCUCCCAGGGCCAGUCGACGUGGACGAGUGCUCGGAGGGCACGGAUGACUGCCACAUCGAUGCCAUCUGCCAGAACACGCCCAAGUCCUACAAAUGCCUCUGCAAGCCGGGCUACAAAGGGGAAGGCAGGCAGUGUGAAGACAUCGACGAGUGUGAGAAUGACUACUACAACGGGGGCUGCGUGCACGAGUGCAUCAACAUCCCAGGGAACUACAGGUGCACCUGCUUUGACGGCUUCAUGCUGGCCCACGACGGACACAACUGCCUGGAUGUGGACGAGUGUCAGGACAACAAUGGUGGCUGCCAGCAGAUCUGCGUCAAUGCCAUGGGCAGCUACGAGUGUCAGUGCCACAGUGGCUUUUUCCUCAGCGACAACCAGCAUACCUGCAUCCACCGCUCCAACGAGGGUAUGAACUGCAUGAACAAAGACCACGGCUGUGCCCACAUCUGCCGGGAGACGCCCAAAGGUGGGGUGGCCUGUGACUGCAGGCCCGGCUUUGACCUUGCCCAAAACCAGAAGGACUGCACACUAACCUGUAACUAUGGAAACGGAGGCUGCCAGCACAGCUGUGAGGACACGGACACGGGCCCCAUGUGUGGCUGCCACCAGAAGUACGCCCUCCACUCAGACGGUCGGACGUGCAUCGAGAAGGAUGAGGCUGCAAUUGAGCGCUCUCAGUUCAAUGCCACGUCAGUAGCUGAUGUGGACAAGCGGGUGAAACGGCGGCUCCUCAUGGAGACGUGUGCAGUAAACAACGGAGGCUGCGACCGAACCUGCAGGGAUACGGCCACUGGCGUGCGGUGCAGCUGCCCGGUGGGAUUCACGCUGCAGCCCGACGGAAAGACGUGCAAAGACAUCAACGAGUGCCUGGCCAACAACGGGGGCUGCGACCACUUCUGCCGCAACACCGUGGGCAGCUUCGAGUGCGGCUGCCGUAAGGGCUACAAGCUGCUGACCGACGAGCGGACGUGCCAAGACAUCGACGAGUGCUCCUUCGAGCGGACCUGCGACCACAUCUGCAUCAACUCCCCAGGCAGCUUCCAGUGCCUGUGUCACCGUGGCUACACACUCUAUGGGACAACCCACUGCGGAGAUGUGGACGAGUGCAGCAUGAACAACGGGAGCUGUGACCAGGGCUGUGUCAACACCAAGGGCAGCUACGAAUGCGUCUGCCCCCCGGGGAGGCGGCUCCACUGGAACCGGAAGGACUGUGUGGAGACGGGCAAGUGCCUUUCUCGGGCCAAGGCCUCCCCCUGGGCCCAGCUGUCCUGCAGCAAGGUGGGCGGCAUGGAGAGCUGCUCCCUUUCCUGCCCAGCCCACUCACUCUUCGUGCCAGACUCGGAAAACAGCUACAGCCUGAGCUGCGGCGUCCCGGGUCUCCAGGGCAAGAUGCUGCCGAAGCGCAACAGCACCAGCUCCAGCACUGGGCCCAGCUGCUCAGGUGCGCCUGCCCCCAUCAGGCAGAAGGCCCGCUUCAAGAUCCGAGACGCCAAGUGCCACCUCCGGCCCCACAGCCGGGAGCCAGCAAAGGAGGCCCUGAGGCAGCUGCUGCUGGAAAACUGCCAUCUGACCUUUGUGACCCUCAAAUGUGACUCCUCCAAGAAGAGGCGCCGUGGCAAAAAGUCCCCAUCCAAGGAGGUGACCCACAUCACAGCAGAGUUCGAGGUGGAGACAAAGAUGGAAGAGGCGUCAGACACCUGUGAGGCGGACUGCAUGCGGAAGCGCGCCGAGCAGAGCCUGCAGGCCGCCAUCAAGACUCUGCGGAAGUCCAUCGGCCGGCAGCACUUCUCCGUCCAGGUCGCAGGCACAGAGUACGCGAUGGCCCAGUGGCCGGCCAAGGCCCUGGAGGGCCAGGGGGCGUGCGUCACAGGCCAGGUGUUACAGGACGGGAAAUGCGUGGCCUGCGGGCCUGGCACCUACUUCAGCGGAGAGCCUGGCCAGUGUGUGCCAUGCGCGCCGGGGUCCUACCAGGAUGGGGACGGCCAACUCAGCUGCACGCCGUGCCCCAGCAGCGACGGGCUCGGCCUGGCUGGUGCCCGCAACGUAUCCGAAUGUGGAGGCCAGUGCUCCCCAGGCUUCUUCUCCCCAGAUGGCUUCAGGCCCUGCCAGGCCUGCCCGGUGGGCACGUACCAGCCUGAGCCUGGGCGCACAGGGUGCUUCCCCUGCGGAGGGGGGCUGCUUACCAAGCACGAGGGCACAGUCUCCUUCCAAGACUGUGAGGCCAAAGUGCACUGCUCCCCGGGCCACCACUACAACACCACCAUCCACCGGUGCAUCCGCUGCCCCGUGGGCACCUACCAGCCCGAGUUUGGCCAGAACCACUGCAUCACCUGCCCAGGCAACACCAGCACGGACUUCGAUGGCUCCACCAAUGUCACACACUGCAAAAACCAGCACUGCGGCGGCGAGCUCGGCGACUACACAGGCUACAUCGAGUCCCCCAACUACCCCGGCGACUACCCGGCCAACGCCGAGUGCGUGUGGCACAUCUCGCCGCCCCCCAAGCGCAGGAUCCUCAUCGUGGUCCCCGAGAUCUUCCUGCCCGUGGAGGACGAGUGUGGUGACGUCCUGGUCAUGAGGAAGAGCGCAUCACCCGCAUCUAUCACCACCUAUGAGACCUGCCAGACCUAUGAGAGGCCCAUCGCCUUCACCUCCCGCUCCCGGAAGCUCUGGAUCCAGUUCAAAUCCAAUGAAGGCAACAGCGGCAAAGGAUUCCAAGUGCCCUAUGUCACCUAUGACGAGGACUACCAGCAGUUGAUAGAAGAUAUCGUUCGCGAUGGACGGCUCUACGCCUCGGAGAAUCACCAGGAAAUUUUAAAAGACAAGAAGCUCAUCAAGGCCCUCUUUGAUGUGUUGGCGCAUCCCCAGAACUACUUCAAGUACACAGCCCAGGAGUCCAAGGAGAUGUUCCCGCGGUCCUUCAUCAAACUGCUGCGCUCCAAAGUGUCCCGAUUCCUGCGGCCCUACAAAUAAUGCCCUGCUCGGGGAUGGCGGGUGUCCCGACGGGGAGGGGAGCGUGCCUUCCCUCCACAGGAGAGGCUAGAAGGCGGCUCCGCGGGCCUCCACACUCUGCCUUGGGAAGCCACCACGGCGUCUGCCCUUCGGAAACACGGACCAGCCCGUGGGGGUGAGACCACGUCCAGGCCGAGACCCCGGCCCGCCGCACUCCUCGGAUGGCCCCACUGGGAAAAACACUGCGGCUUUUCUCCCUCGCUCCCUCUGCCUGUUCGAUUCCAGGACAGCAGCCUCUCCUGAGCGGCACUAGAGGACCCACCCGGGGCCAGGACACCCUGUGCACAGCCAGGUCCUGGGCAGAGAGCACAUU